GUGCUGAAGAAGUCCGCAAGAGUUGACGACAGAUGUGAUGAUAAGGGCGUUAAUAUAACCGCAAAACUGGAAGCAAUCGCAGGAGGAAAUGGUGCCGAAGAAGUGUCACAACAUAUUUGCAACAAUCAGGAGGGUGUGGAUGAAGUGGAACUCUUGUCUUUAGUCGAAGAACAUAUACCCAAAUAUAAGCUCCGGUACGACACUAUCACCGAGUUUGCAGGCUAUGACAAUAACGACUGGUAUAUCAAGACUCCAGUGUUAGAUAGCGAGGCACCGGUCGACUUGAGUGCCGAGACAAUAGGCGAAACUCUCAAAUAUUUCAUACUCUCCGGCGAACGCUUGAGCCAAAUGACAAAGACUUACAAUGAUAUCGAAGUGGUCACCAAACUCUUAGAAGAAAAGGAACGGGAUCUGGAAUUAGCGGCCAGAAUAGGACAGUCCCUCUUAGAGCAGAAUAAAGUGCUGACAAACCGUUCGGAGGAAUUAGAGACUGAAUUGUCCUCAACUAAUGAAGCGGUCGAAAAACUUAAGUUUGAACUUUUUAACACUAACGAAAGGGUAAUACAACUAAAACAUGAACUGUCGAUGAAAAAUGGUUUAUUGCAAGUGUAUUGCGCGGACAUUGAGGCCCAGGAGCUCGAGUCGGAAGAGCAGCCGCACCAGUCGUUGGAGGACAAGUCGAUCGGUUUGUCCAAUUGGGAUGAGUUGAACAAAAGGAUCGGCUCUUUGGAAGAAGAGAACCUUCGGCUCAAAUGCGAGGCCACCGCCAGAGCCAACGACAUCGAGUUGGAGGAGCGAAAGGAACUCCAACUCAUACACGACUGCGCCAAACAAUUGAGUCCUCUGUCCGUCACGUACACCACAGCUGAGGCUAAUCUCCAGAUUCUGAGCUUCCAGGAAGAGGUUGGACUCAAAGGCGAAGAUAACGUGAGACAACAGGAAGAGAUCACAAAUCUUGUCACACGAGUGGUUGAACUGCAGCGACGAGCGCGCGACUUGACCUUUGAAUGCGAUUCCCUUCAGAACGCCCUCCAAGUGUCCCACGAGUGUCAGAACGAGUUGUCGGUCGAGUUGAUUGAGAUUAAGGAGAAAUACGGCACACUUUUGGCCGCUUUCCACGAAUUGCAGACCGAGUUCAAGAAGAAAUCGCGAUUUAACACAAGUCACUACCAAUACAUGCCAUUCGCCGAUUCGUUGGCCUCCGAGUUGGAGUCGACGCUCGGCAGCGACUGCUCAGAUGGCGAGCUCUCGAGUCUGGGCUUUAGACCCGUCCGCAAGAGUGCCGGCAAUCAGAAUACCGGCACCGAAGAGAUGCGGUGCUAUAGUCCCGACUCUGUACUGUCGGGCGACUCCUUCUACUAUCGUUACAAUAAUCCGCAGCCAAUGAUCGGUUCGACGCCUUAUAGUAAUAACACGAAUAACGCAAAGAACUACUAUAUGGGCGAUAAGUUACAGAUCGUGAAACCCCUCGAAGGGUCAACCAUUUUGAGGCAGUGGCAGAAACUGGCGACCCCUCACUUGGGAGUCAUUCUCGAGUCACUGCCUUUGGUUACCAACAAAGCCAUCAAAGAUUUGGACAAAGAGUUACUGGAAUUCACGGUAAAUUCGAUGAAAGAGUGUCUGAAAGAGGGUGAGAAGGAAGUGGAGACCAAAAAGCACAUGAAUUUCGUGACCACGAACUCGAUCUACACCUACACCACCACAUCGUUAUCACACAUCACAGACUCGACGAGUGUCACCAAUAGCUUCUCGAACGUCCAGUUGUCGACUGGCGUUCAGUCGCCUAUACCUACCGCU